UCGGAUGCAUGCACUCGGCAGCACAACACCCCUGCUUCUGCCUCCACAUUCAGGCCUGGGACCGAGUGCGCUCAGAGGGGCUGGGGGACCUGGAAUGCAGUCCAGAGUCCCAGCUCCUACCUGUCUGCCCCGCCCCCACCAACCAGCGCCACAAGCCACCUUCCCCAGAGUUGGUUCUGGCAGUAUAGACGGUAAUGUCAUGGGACAGCAAGGUGGGCAAAGGAUCCAAGACUCCUGCCCUCAAGGGAGGUUCUCCGGCCCAGACUGUGGGAAAGAUGGAAAGGUAUUUCAGAAUCCGAGGAUUCAUUUUAGGAAAACUGCUUCUUCUUGUUCUUCACAUACGGUGCACUUCAUUAAACCCAAUCUGGAGCUGUCAGGCUGCCAGCAAAGUGAUGCUGACAUUGUUUCAUAGCAACACUUCAACAGCUGGCCUUUUCUCCUUGCGCAUGUGGGCUGCAGAGAUAGCUGGGAGUGUUUUGGCAGUCUGUACAAUUGCCAUGUGGCCUCAACUUCUUGGCCGCCUCAUUAGCUCAGAGAUGAAUCCUGGGAGGGCCAUAACCACGACAUUCUUCAUUCUUGAUUUUUUUUUCUGUGCCUGGUAUAUAGCUUUUAAGUAUGUACCAGGAGGUAUCCAGGCUAGAGAAAGAAAUCAAGUGCUCUUUUGGGCAUUAGUGUUAAUUAUUGGACUAGAUCUUAUUGCAGGGCCUCUAAAAAGCCUUUAAUCAAUUCUUCAAACAAAAACUAAUUCUAAAACACUAUUUAGAAAAAGUGAAAAUUACCUGAAAUUAUUUUUAUGGACACUUGUUGGUAUAGGAUUGCUGGUGUUAGGACACUGAUAUAAAACUUAUGAGAAGAAAUUAGGCAAGGGAACCAAAGAAUUCUCAACCCUGGUCUGGCCUUUCUGGUUUGCAUAUGACAAUGAAGAUUGGCCUUAUUUAGAACAAUCAACUCAUUGACUCAAUCAAACAGGUUCAGAUUUCAUAACAAUUUUGGAGAGUGAUGACUCUAAAUCCUUCAUAGGGAACAAUUACUUAACAAUGUGGCUCGGGGAGAAGAUGGGCUUUUAUAUAGAUUUUGGUCCAAGCACAAGAGAUCACACUUGGGGGAUUAUGGCUUUGUCAAGGUAUCCAGUUGUGAAAUCGGAUCACCACCCUCUUCCAUCACCAAUGGGGGAGACUGCUCCAGCCAGACUACUUAGACUGGAGGAUUUUGUAGUUACUCACUUUGGAAAUGAUGAGGAUGACCUGGACAGCAAGCCCCAGGCACUUGCUAUUUCAAACUUGCUAAAGUCUAGCUAUCAAGUGAUAUUUUUGGGCUACAUCACUUCACUGGCCCCUGGCUCCAGAGAUUAUCAACAGCUCAUUCAACAUGGCAGUGUGCAAGACAUUGACAGCACAGAUCCUGACAGAUGGUGUGAGUAUAUCAUGUAUCAUGGGCUAAUAAGGUUAGGUUAUGCACAGAUCUCUCAUGCUGGCCUGAAUGACUCUGAACUUCAGGUGGCCAAAUCAGGACUCUUGAUGACCCUUAUCAAUUAUAUGCACCACCAAAAAAUAAUUACCGCCCCUAGCAAAAUUUAUAAGAGAAUUCAACACCAGGAAUUCACAAAGACCAACUGCAUGGGUCCGCACAGCAGUGAAGGAGCUGCAGACUACAUAGGUGGAGGGAGUACUACCCAUAUUGACCAAGAGAUCUAUGUCUGA